AUGUCUAGUUCGAAAGCAGCCCUCAAAGCUGCAAAAGCUGCAAUCGAUGCGGGCAAGUGGGGGGACGCUGUUGAACAGGCACUUCGAGUUCUCUCCAACGAUCCCGAAAACUACUUUGCUAAACUAUUCCUUGGUCGCGCCUACGACAAGCUAGGCAGAACAGACGAUGCUAGUUCCGCCUACGAAUCCGCUGCAGCCCUCAGGCCGAACGAGAAAGACCCAUACCUUGGCUUGCGAGAGCUUUAUGGCUCACAGGGAGGAAAGAAGGUCGAUCAAUAUAUCGAUCUUUCAGUCAAGAUUGCAGGGAUUUAUGCAGUUGCGGAGGACAAGCAUAGAUGCCAAGAGGCGGUUGACAAGCUCGUAGGUUUCGCAAAAGCUAAUGGCACGAAAUUACAAUAUUCAAAAGCCCUGCGGGUACUCUUACCGAACAGUAGUCUGUAUGACUUUCUGGAGGGCAGGAUUUCGCAUCCUGCGAUAACGUACAAGCGCCUGGUUGAACUUACCGAGACUGAGGAGAAAGAGAAGAUUAACAAAGAAAUUGGUGAGAGGAGGACGAGACUUGGUGCAAGGAUUGGACAGGUCACGAAUGAGGUUAGGAGAGAGGUGUUCGAGAGAAGCGACUUGGAAGAGCUGUAUCAGCAAGUCAUUGACUGGACAAAUGAAGAUGACGUACGGAGAGAGUACGAAGAGAAGCUUCUUCAAAGGAUUUACGAUGUGCUCGUCGUCACGCCCUCGGACAAGAAAGAAGAAAGGAGGAAACAAGUCAUCAAAAUGGCAGAAGGCAUGGUAAUAAUCAAGCACUCAUUUCUGCUUGCUUGGCAGAUUGAACUCGAAUGGAAAGACGUUGAAGAGAUUGCUGAGAUGGAUGUCAACGUACUGAGAGAGUUCGUUGAGUUCUUUCCAGAGAAUGGCCUCGCAAAAGUGCUCAAAGCAUACUUGGCUAGCGAUAGAUCACCAUUCCCAGAGGACGAUUCCGACGAAGGCGGCGCAGCUUUGGAGAAUUCGGACGACGAGCAAGACGGGCCGUUGACAUCUGAAGAUGUUUUGCUACUCAUGACAGAUGGCAUUGACGCCGCAAAAGACUCAUACCUAGCCCAUCGUCUUAUUUCGGAGUACUAUCUCUACACAGAAGAGUAUGAAAGCUCCGUGGAGACAUCACGGAAGGCUCUAAAACUUCUCAAAUCCGAAUGUCAAAAGUCUGGUUUGAAGCUCCAGAAUGACCUUGAUUCUCUCAACAGCGUCCUUGGUACAUCACUUGUGCAGUAUCAGACACCACGACACCAUCCGGAAGCGAAAUCAAUCUUCAGCGAUAUUCUAUCAAGAAAGCCUCAGUUUACGCCUGCAUUGAUAGGCGUCGGUUUAGUGUUAGAGGAAGAGGAGGAAUACGCCGAGGCGAUUGGAUUCUUGAGGAAAGCUUUCGAGCGAGACGACUCGAACAUUCGAAUAGGUACGGAGGCUGCCUGGUGUAAAGCUCUCAACGGAGACUACGCCACUGGCCGCGCAGAGCUCGAACAGCUCCUCGAACAGAUAGAUCUGAAAGACUCGCGCACUAGGGACUUGCGAUCUCAAACAUGCUAUCGGAUUGGUGUAUGUCAAUGGGAGUUAGACUCGUCAAAGGCCGCGCGGAAAGAUCGAAAAAGGGCAUAUGCGAUGUUCUUAGCUGCGAUAAAAGCGAAUCCAAACUUUGCACCCGCCUAUACUAGUCUGGGCAAUUACUAUGCCGACUAUGCCAAGGAUAAGAAGAGAGCAAGGUCAUGUUUCCAGAAAGCUUUCGAGCUCUCAGCAUCAGAGAUUGUUGCAGCAGAACGCUUAGCACGGUCGUUUGCGGAUCAAGGCGAAUGGGAUAUUGUGGAGAUCAUUGCACAACGAGUAGUCGACUCAGGUAAAGCAAAGCCUCCACCAGGAUCUAGAAAGAAGAAAGGCAUCAGCUGGCCAUUCUCUGCACUUGGUGUGGUGCAAAUGAACAAACAGGAGUACUCCAAAAGUGUUGUGUCCUUUCUAGCCGCCCUUCGAAUAAGUCCAGAUGACUACCAUUCGUACGUUGGUCUUGGCGAAAGUUAUCAUAAUUCAGGACGAUACAACUCCGCUGCACGGACCUUCAAGUAUGCAGAGAAUCCAGCGGAAGGCGUUAUGAUGAAGAAGACUGGCGAGGCCUGGUUCACGAAGUAUAUGCUGGCAAAUGUCAACCGUGAGCUUGGAGAAUACGAAGCAGCUACUGCUGGGUAUGAAGAGGUAUUAAGAGAACGCAAGCAAGAAUUCGGUGUAGCAAUUGCACUUCUCCAAACUCUUGUCGACCAAGCUUGGAAAAGCCUCGCUACAGGAUUCUUUGGCCAGGCAGCCCAAAGCGCUAUACGAGCUAUUGAGACCGCUACAGAAAUCGCAGACUACAAACCCGAGGCUUUCAAUCUAUGGAAAGCUGUCGGUGAUGCUUGCGCCGUCUUCUCUGCCGUACAGAGCAAACUGGAUCACAUACCAUUCGACAAAAUUCGGGUUCUGCUUGAAAAGAAUAUAAACAUCGAGGAGUUUGAUAUCUUCGUCGAGACAAACAAAGUAGGCGCCGAUCAGGUCAAGGAGAUUGUAUCAUCGGAUGAAGAGGGAGCAACUUCGAAGCUCCGUCUUGUACUACAUGCUUCCAUUCUUGCUCAAAAGCGCGCUAUCUAUAGCUGUGCUAAUGACAUACACGCGAGAGCUGUAUCAUGGUAUAAUCUUGGUUGGACCGAGCAUAGAGCACACGUCCACAUUGAACAGAAUCCUGAUGGCAGCGUACAAGGCGAAAAAGUGACGAAACAUCUCAAAGCCGCAAUGAAAUGCUUUAAACGUGCUAUCGAGCUAGAAGCUGGUAACUCAGAAUUUUGGAAUGCACUAGGAGUAGUAUCAACACAGCUCAACCCAAAAGUCGCGCAGCACUGUUUUGUACGAAGUCUUCAUCUUAACGAGCGAAGUGUGGUGGUCUGGACCAACCUUGGAACCUUGUACCUUCUACGUAAUGACCUUGAGCUGGCACACCAGGCCUUUAGCCGCGCACAGUCAACUGAUCCAGACUAUGCCCAUGCUUGGGUUGGAGAGGGCCUCAUUGCUCUCCUCUGGGGAGAUGCUAGAGAGGCUCUGUCCCACUUCACACAUGCUUUCGAAAUAUCAGACUCUGCCUUGCUCAUCACGAAACAACAAUAUACCCUGUCAACGUUUGAUCAUCUCUUGUCCUCGGCUGCAGACUCGAGCAACAUCACAAACCUCAUCCAACCCCUUUUCGCUCUCCAGCAGCUGAUCUCCCAAACACCCACCGAUACACCUUUCAGACACCUCUAUGCGAUCUACUUCGAACGAAUUGGCGACUACUCUGCAGCUGUCGAGACUCUGAAAACCUUGUGCUCGGAUCUCGAAGCAGAAUACGAGACCACGGAAUCUCUUACCUCACUAUCAUGCUUCGCGGCCGCAAAAGCCGACCUCGCCCGUAAUCUCCUGGCUACACAUGCCUAUGCUACCGCCGCUGAAAAUGCAGACACAGCUCUCGAUCUGACCUCUGACAGUGACUCACUCACCAUUGACGUUUCUACAAUUACUCGAAUCCGUCUAAGUUGUCGCCUCGUACUCGGCCUCGCCUACCACUAUCUCGCACGCACCACAUUUGAUCAGUUAUCCGCCUCACAAGCCAUCGCAGCCUUCCGCACCGCUCUCGAAGAAUCCGCAUCCUCCGCAGAGGUAGUUUGCCUCCUCGCAACUAUCCUGUGGGCCGAUGGCGGUGCAAAUGAAAAAGACGUCGCGCGCGACCAAUUGUUCGACGUUAUCAGCUCCUCGGACGCCCAAAAUGUCGACGCUAUCAUCCUGCUCGGCGCCAUGGCUGCUAUCGAGAACGACACUGAGGCGCUCGAGGCUGUAUACGAAGACCUGGCAAAUAUCCGGAGCGGAAGCGUGAGCAUUGAUACACUACAGGCGCGGCGCGUAGAAAUCGUACUCGAUGCCAUCGCAUCGCUUUCUUCCAAAUCAGCAACAGACAAUGAUCCAAGCCCUGUCUUGGCGUCUAUCCAGAAAAGCAUCCUACUCAGUCCCGGCCAGCCGCAUGGCUGGGCGCAACUCGCGGGCGAAACCGACGCGGUGUUUCCAGCGGAAAUGGCGCUGGUAAGUGCGAGGCGCGCAGUCCCGCCAAUGGGGCCAUUAGAUGCAGCGGAUCUGGCCAAAGCGUAUAGUGGCACCGGGACUGCGGCAGAUGCUCAGAGAGCAACGGCUCUUGCGCCAUGGAUGAGGUGGCCUAGUGAACGUAAGAGCUAA